AGUACUCUCUCGCUCGGUCCUUUGUUGGCUUUCAUGCGGUGCGUGCUUCAAUCAACAACUAGUAUUUCACAAUUGCCCUGUCCUAUUUGACAGGAUUUUACUCCAUUCAAGUGCUUGUGCGUGCGGAUGCGAGAGGGAGAUCUUGACUUCCUCGGCUGCAGGGUUGAUCGUCAGUAGCUACACUCUGAAAAGUUGUGAUAAAUUGGCGAGUGCGCAAUUUUUGACAAGGUAGAUUUGUUGUUUGGGCGCGUGGUAGGGCUGAUUGCGCGCGGAAGUUUAGGUUUCAGUAGGUGUAAAUGUUGUAAGGAGUGAGGGGAAGAGGGGAAUGAUGAACAGAAGUGUUACAGGAAUCUGCACUGAUGUGGGGUUGGAAUGCUGAAACCCUAGUUUGAGGAAGACCGUGUGAGGUGCGAGGAUUUUAGGUUCGAGGAGCCGAGGUCGCUGCACAGAGGAAUAUCGCUAUCGUGUGCUAGCUGUAGCAGCGGCGUUGCGAGCUUCUGUAGGGGUUCCAGGACCCGUACACGAUGAACGCGGGACCUUCAGGAUUCCACAAUGCCCCUGUGACCAAGGCAAUAGUGAUGGCGUGUGGUCUGGCUUCGGUGCUGGUAGGCACUCAGGGCGGUGCGAGGGCUUUGAGCCUUUCUUACCAGAAAAUUGUACAAAAACUUCAGCUUUGGCGCUUGCUCUCGUCCCCAUGUGUGUUUUCAUCAACAUCGGAGCUCUUGUUUGGACUUUACCUAAUUUAUUUUUUCAGAGUAUUUGAAAGGCAAAUUGGGUCGAAUAAAUACUUGUUUUUUGUGUUAUUUUCAACAAUAAUCUCGACAACCCUUGAAGUGAUCGCACUGGCUGCCUUACAAGACCCAACAUCUUUGACAGGAAUCUCUUUGACACCUGGGCCUUAUGGCUUAAUGUUUGCAUUAUUUGUCCCUUUCUUCUUCGACAUCCCAAUUUCCACCCGCUUCAAAGUUUUUGGAGCACGCUUCUCGGACAAGUCCUUCGUUUAUUUGGCAGGCUUGCAGCUCUUAUUGUCAUCAUGGAAGCAGUCCCUUAUUCCCGGAGUUUGUGGACUUGUAGCAGGGUUUCUUUACAAGUCCAACGUUUUAGGAAUCAAGAAAGUCAAGUUUCCAGAAGGGUUGGCAGCAGCAGCUGCAAGGCUGUUCGCGCCACUUCUUUCGUCAAACUCUGCACCACCAACAGCUAGGGGAGGAAGAGCUUCGGGUCAAAAUGGUCAUGCAUUCCAGCAUCGUUUUGCUGCUAGUGCACCGCCACUAACUGCACCACCAGAAGAGCAUAUUGCAACUUUAGUAGCGAUGGGAUUUGAUCGAAGCGAUGCCAUGCAAGCUUUGGCGGUUGCUCGGAAUGAUAUCACAGUGGCUACAAAUUUGUUAUUGGAAUCUCAUUGAUAUCACUUAGAUCUGCUAUAGUAAAAGAAGUACAGCAAUUUCUGACAGGGUGUAUAAUUGAUUGGAAAAGAGGGUACUUGUAGGUAGUGGCUGCAAUGUUUGCAUGCAGUGAUGUUAUCACUCAAGACUUGGCAUAUCAGCAUUCCUUCAUUCGAAGAUAUUGUAAAAUUUACGUGAAUGAAUUUGGUGAGUUUACUGUUAUGGAAUUUAUCUGAA